AUGGACACAAGUGUUAUAGGACCGGUCACCGUCAUGGAGAGUUUCAUUGAGCAAUUUGGGAAGCACUCCGCUGCCGUCCAUGGUAUCUUGGUGUCUUGUAUUCUUCUUUGCGCCGCUCUGGGCUCCUUGUUUGCUGGCAGACUCGCAGACCGACUGGGCCGCCCUAAAGCAAUGGCAUUCGGGGCAGCAGUCUUUACCGUGGGUAUCAUCUUGGAGGCAGCUGCAGUGAAGCUCUUGAUGUUUGCCGUAGGACGCGUCAUUGAGGGCCUUGGCUAUGGCCUCUACUUCAGCACUCAGACCGUCUAUAUCUGCGAAAUCUCACCACCAAAAGCACGAGGGCCCCUCACUUUGGGACCGCAGUUCAUGACAUGCAUGGCACUGGUAGUGGGGUAUUUUAUCAGCUAUGGUACGGUGAACAUACCAGGCUCGCUUUCAUGGCGGCUUCCCUUCAUUAUUAUUGUCGUGAUGGCCAUCUUGUACCUGUUCAUCAAUCUAUUUGUCCUACCGGAUCAACAAGAAGACCGGGAGGUCGACGACCCCACAACGAUCCUAUCGCAAUCAAAUCCAGCAAGAGAAGAAAUGGGACAAGAGGCCAAUUUUCAGAGCCUGUGGACUCCGGACGUGCGGAAGCAGACAUUUCUGGCAGUGUUUCUCUUGGGAUUCCUCCAGCUCUGCGGUAUCGACGCUUUCCUCUAUUACGCGCCUCUAAUUUUCCAGCAGGCCGGCCUGGAAUCUCAAGAAGCCUCAUUCUUGGCGUCCGGUGUCUCUGCCAUCGCUAUUGUCGCGACAAACAUUCCUGCAACACUGCUAGCCGACAAAUGGGGUCGUCGCACCAGCACGGUGCUGGUCGUUGGGUGGUCAUCGUGUCUAUCUAUCUCUACUGCAUUGUGCAGGCCACGACCUAGGGUGUGGGCGCCAAAGAUCCAGCCCCAGCACACACGCGCCCAGGCGAUCAGUCUCGGAUACGGCGCCAAUUGGGUUUGCAAUUUUUUCGUCGCCUUUGUAUGCCCAAUUCUCCUUGACAAGAGCGUACCAAGUGCCUAUUUACUUUUCGGCGGCUGCACUGCGGCCGCGACCAUUGUAAGUUUUUUCUACAUGGUCGAAACGAAAGGGAAGACCUUGGCCGAGAUCGAGCGAGCAUUCAAGACGCGGAUUCCGGUCGCGAGUGCGGCUAUCCCAAUGGCGAGAAUGGUACAUGCAGACCAUGAGGUCAAGGCAGUAUGA